AUGGCGGUACAUUUAUCGUGGUCGAGACAGCAGGUAUCGGGGGAUCUUGGACGGCAAUGGAAAGUGACAAAGGCUGCUAAACUUAAGCAAUGGGUAAAACACGGGCGGUUUGACAAUGAGACUGAAGGUCACAGAAGGAGAAGUCUACAGCAAAAUGACAUGCAAUAUUCAAUAAUGCAAAAGAAACAAUUAAAUGAGCCGCGUCAGUCAGACCUUGCUUACAUUUGCUUCUGGCAAAGUCGACGACCUGAGGAUGCCAAAGACAAGCUUCGUUUUCAAGAAGAGAUUGCGCUCUUUCAGCCGACCCUAGAGGUGGCUACGGAAAUGUCGCCCAAUCUAAGAAGUCCGCCUACGGACCCGUUUGCCCCCAGCCCUGCAAAGACAGGCUUCCAGUUAUUUAUGAUCCAUAACCAAGAGAGUUUUGCACUGCUAAGCAUGACAAUCAACGAGUUUAGCGCUGAAAUGAGGCAGCUAUGGAAGCGUCUGGGUGAUGCUAAUAGAAAGGCGUGGUAUGAACUGGCUAAGCAGGACGAAAAACGAUACGAGACUGAGAUGGACACCUACGAGCCACCAGCCUGUAUGAAUUUGGCCGCCCGAUGCGCGCAUUGGCGUGUUGAUGAGCUUAGAGAUCUGGCUCGUGGAGAUGCAUUCGCACCACGGAUGCUCUUAAAUGCUAUAAUUGUGAAGAAGUUUGAAAGUAUGCGAGCAAUCGACAUCGCUUGGAAGUCCUUGAGUGACGACGAGCGUGCACUAUUCCAACUUAGGGCUGAAGAAGAUGUGGAACGUUUCCGGAAGGAAAUGGAGCCUUACUUAUUGCAGCGAAAUGAUCACCGAACUGCUACUGCUCGUUCAGCGAAGAGACCGACGCGAAAGCGAAAGGAGCUCAAAGAACAAGGUCGUGUAGCUGUGCGUAAAAAGGUGAAAAAAUCUGCAGUGAGGCGCAAGAAGCGGAAGUCUGCGCUCCCGCGACGGCCAAAGACGGCCUACAAUAUCAUGUAUAUGUCCGAACGCACGGAGCUGCUUGCGACAUAUCAGAUGUCGCACAACGAAUGUUCGGCCCUCUGCGGUCGAUUUUGGCGUCAAAUGUCGGAAACGGAGCGAGAGCCAUACAAACAAAUGGCUGCUGACGAUAAGCGUCGGUAUGACGCCGAGCUAGAAAUCUACAAUGCGCAUGUUGAGGAAGGUCAAUUAGAGGCUGUUACAUGA